UGGCGGCGCAUCGAGUCUGACCGUCUAGAUCGAUCACCGAAUAACUCGAUUGGGCAGAUUGUGCACAGAGAAGGAUUUCAUCUAGUAUCGUACCGUCGAAAGUAUUAAACGUGGACAGCAAAACGGGUCCUUAGAGGCCCUUCUCAAACUAUACUAGCCAGGCAUGGAUUUCCCCUGGCACAGUGGCAAGGUUUUGGAGCAGUUAAACCACCAGCGUCAGCUGGGGUUGUUGUGUGACUGCACCUUUGUGGUGGAUGGCAUUGACUUCAAAGCCCACAAAGCCGUGCUGGCAGCUUGCAGUGCAUACUUCCGCACUCUGUUCCUGGAUCAGAAAGAUGUUGUGCAUCUGGACAUCAGCAAUGCUGCAGGUCUGGGUCAGGUACUUGAAUUCAUGUACACUGCCAAGUUGAAUUUGAGCUCUCAGAAUGUGGAAGAUGUCUUGGCUGUGGCAACAUUCCUGCAGAUGCAAGAAAUCGUCAAUGCCUGCUCAGCCUAUCAAACCCUGUCCGUCUCUCCAACUGACACAGCUACAGCUCAAGACUCCACAACUAAUAAUGCUGAGGAAGGUGGACAGAAGUCAGAUUCAGUCAAACCAGCGACGGACACACAGGAGACGGAGGAGAACAGUGCACUGCUGGUGAAUGGGGCAGCGGACAAGCAGCCCCUCAGUGAGCAAGGACCUUCCUCUGAAGCCACAGAGGAUGAGCAGGCAGCGAGCAGCAUUGCCGAGUGCCCGACCGCUCAGGUGAAGACCACCGUGGCCCGAGCUUCCCGCAUGCCCAAAGCCCCAUCUUACACCAAAGCCAGGAAGGCCGGCGUGGCAUCGGAAAAGAAAGGCGAAGCGCAGGCGGAAGAGGAGGGAGCAGCUAAGGAAGUUCCAUUUCAGGAUGACCCCUCAGAUGCAGACUACACACCUAAGGUCCCAUACAAAUCAUCAGCAGCAGCUAAGUCCUACAUCAGCACUCGUAGGAGCAGGCUGAGGACCGCGUCAAAGCGCCUGCACGCGCGGGGUCGCAAUGCUGGAGAGGAGUCCGAGGAGGCCAACGCAGCCGCCGAGGGGAACCGCGCACGUGCGGCCGAGGAAGAGGAGGAAGCUGGAGAGGGGGAGGAGGAGGAAGAGGAAGAGGACGGGCAGGAGGAUGAGAGCGGAGACGAGGGGAGGUCAGGCAGGACGGGGGCUAUCUCUGACCGGAGCGAGUCCCGAGCAUACAGCUCCUUCACCCAUAAAUGUGAGGACUGUGGGAAGAAAUUCACUCACACGGGCAAUUUCAAGAGGCAUAUACGUAUUCACACGGGUGAGAAGCCCUUUAGCUGCAGAGACUGCCACAAAGCCUUUUCAGAUCCGGCAGCCUGCAAAGCACAUGAGAAAACACACAGCCCACUGAAGCCGUACUGCUGUUCGACGUGCGGCAAGAGCUACCGGCAGAUCAGCCUGCUCAACCUGCACCGCAAGCGGCACACGGGCGAGGCUCGCUACAGCUGCGAGGACUGCGGCAAGCUCUUCACCACGUCGGGCAACCUGAAGCGCCACCAGCUGGUGCACAGCGGCGAGAAGCCGUACCACUGCGACUACUGCGACCGCGCCUUCUCCGACCCCACGGCCAAGAUGCGCCACCUGGAGACCCACGACACGGACAAGGGCCACCGGUGCUCCCACUGCGACAAGAAGUUCAACCAGAUCGGGAAUCUGAAGGCUCACCUGAAGAUCCACAUCGCAGACGGGCCACUGAAGUGUAAGGAGUGUGGCAAACAGUUCACCACCUCAGGGAACCUGAAAAGACACCUGCGGGUUCACAGCGGGGAGAAGCCCUAUGUGUGCAUGCACUGUCAGAGGGCAUUCGCUGACCCGGGAGCCCUGCAGAGACACGUCCGAAUCCACACAGGUGAGAAGCCUUGCCUUUGUCUCAUAUGUGGGAAGGGCUUUGCUCAGGCCAGCUCUCUUAUCGCUCACGUCCGGCAGCACACAGGAGAAAAGCCCUACGUCUGCGAUCGCUGCGGAAAAAGGUUUGUACAGUCCAGUCAGCUGGCCAACCACAUCCGACACCACGACAACAUCCGACCACAUAAGUGCCAUGUCUGCAACAAGGCAUUUGUCAACGUCGGCGAUCUUUCUAAGCACAUCAUCAUUCAUACAGGUGAAAAGCCCUUCCUGUGCGACAAGUGUGGCAGGGGCUUCAACCGCGUGGACAAUCUGCGCUCGCAUGUCAAGACCGUUCACCAGGGCAAGGCGGGCAUGAAGCGGCUGGUGGUGGCCGAAGGAGACGGAGAGGGAGACGACAAACUCCAACCCAUCUCCACGUCCGCCUCGGAGCUGGACGACAACGAGGUCAACAUAGUCACGGUCACCACCGACGACAUUGUGACCCUCGCUACAGAGGCAUUGGCAGCCAGUGCCGUGGCACAACUUACAGUGGUUCCGGUUGCAACAAGCGUGACAGCAGACGAAACGGAAGCCCUGAAAGCAGAGAUCACCAAGGCCGUGGAGAAGGUGCAGGAGGCAGACCCCAACACACAGAUCCUGUACGCGUGCGACUCUUGCGGUGAGAAGUUCCUGGACGCCAGCUCCCUGGCCCAGCACGUGCGCAUCCACACGGCACAGGCCCUGGUCAUGUUCCAGGCCGACUCCGACUUCUACCAGCAGUACGCCGCGGGGGACACCACCUGGCAGACCACCGAGCAGGUCAUCCAGGGCGGAGAGCUCCUCUUCCGCACGCGAGACGGCGACGAGGAGGUGGAGGCGGUGGAGGCGGUGGAGGCGGUGGAGGCGGUGGAAGCGGUGGAGGCGGUGGAGGCGGUGGAGGCGGUGGAGGCGGUGGAAACGGGGACGGACGGAGAGGCGGUGGCGCUCGAGGACGGGCUGCCCCCGACGGAGAUUAAGGAGGAAACAGUGACUGAGGUGGAGGGAGGAGGGGAGGUGGUGGAGGAGGAGAUGGACUGCGAUGGCCAGACUUAGGAUCUUAGAAUGAUCGUGCUCAACUUAGAUGCCUGAUUACUUGCACUAUAGAAACUCCUAGGUGUAGAUGCUUGGUUCUGUUUUAAAAUACUCUGAGCCCCUCCUGUGGGUUUGCCACCAGUUCAUUCCUUUGGAAAACAUACAAAAGGAAGCCAUAUUGGACUCAUCCCUGAGAGAAGAAAGCCCUCUCUUAUUUCUCCAUGUUCUUUUAGAGUUUGUGAUACUCUGUCUUAAUAUUUCGAGUAUAAUCAAGGUGUUGAUUAACAAUCAAAUGCAGACUCUCAGUAAUAAAUGUGUCUCACCCAAUAUAGACCUAAAUGCCACAUUCAAAAUAAUGGGAUUUUUUUUGGAACAAUGUGUAGUAUACCACUAAUUUAUUUUACUUAUCUAAAUAACAGUAUAUCUUCAAGGCUUUUUCAAUACUCUUGUUGCUAUAUUUCUUGUCAGCUUUGUGACAGAAUGCACCUUGUCUAUUUUGUGUGGUUGUAAAUACGCCUAUCCUUUCCACAGACCAAUAGAAUAAGAAUCAUGCAUGUUUUGCACCCAUAGUGUAAAAGAUGCUAUAUGAAAUUAUUAACACCUUUCAAAAACUCAGUUGGGAAAUGGUUUGUUAUUCAUAAAAACAAAAAAGAAAUGUACACCAGUACAACCCCAAUUAAAUCAGAAAAAGUUGGGACAUUGUUGACAGAAUGUGAUCAUUUGCAAAUCUUACACUCUGAGAUAUAUUUCAACUCAUAAUAACUCUUCAGUUCAAAAUGAAAAUUUUCCAUGAAAUAGUCAAAUCUGUCAUCUUCAACAUUUGAUAUGUCGUCUGUCUCCUUUCUUCAACUAAUUUAGUUACCAGCAACAUGCUUCCUAAAACAGUUGGGACAGAGGUCACAAAAUGCUGGAAAAGUUGUGUAAUGAUUAAAGAAAACACGCAGGAAUGUUUCACAGCUAACUGGCAACAUGAUUAGGUAUGAAAAAGAGCAUCCCAGAGAGACAGUGGCUGUUUCUCAAAGUCAUGGUGGGAUCCCUCCAGGCUGCUUUUUGAAGAA